AUGCUGACCCGCGAGACAGAAUCAUCGCUUGUGCGCCAUACCAGAAAGAGCUGCAACCAACCGACACUGUCGAAUGCUCGCCGCAAAUCUUGCAACCAGUGCGCACUAGCCAAGGCAAAAUGUGACCUUCGUCGACCGUUUUGUGGACGCUGUGUGAGUCGGGGAAUUCACUGUACAUAUUCGCCCAACAGCCAAUUGACCCCCCCGGAGGAGGUGUUGACAGCCUCGGAUAAUAGCAGCUUGAACGACAUCUCCGAAAUUUGUACUGCUGAACAACCACUAGAGGAUAGCAGGGUUUCUACUGACAAUAACCAAUCCUUCUCCGCGGCGCAUCUACUGGAUUCCGGUGAUGAUGCGCUGUCCAACAUCAACUUCCCUUUCCCCUCCACAUCAACCCCGGAUCAGAACCACCACCACCACACUGUCAAUUUCCAAGACCCAAUACCAUCUCUGGCACACGCAGAUCUUUUGAACUUUUCUACAGGACCGUCCGGCUGCGAGGUGCAUCCAGACCUACUCGGUCCGCUGGCUGUCAUACCAUACAUAAUCGCCGAGAUCCCUCUCACAGAUCUGACCAGGAACAGCAUGGAACUCAUCUUCCGCGUCAUGCGUACCUGGCCCCGCAUGAUCGCCGAGGAAUUCCAAUAUCCACCUAUAUUUCAUUUCUCGCAGCUAAAAGCGGGAGGAGAGGGUAGUACAUCGUUGCCAUUGCCUCUGGCAAAGUGUUUCACCCUGUCCAAAAUGUGGCAUGGCUGCUGCGAGGGCGCCGAGGAUAUUGUACGCUCGGCAAUUAUCAAAGAAGUAACCUAUCUUUUAGACCAGUACAAAGAAUACGAUGAAACCGACCUCCUGGCCACCCUGCAAGCAAUGGUGAUGUACACCAUCAUGCUCCUCUUCGCGAAACCAUCUAGCGGGGAUAUAACAACAAAUCACGAACUAUUCCUAACCAUUCAACAAGUCGCCUACCACGCCACCGACACCGGCCUACUCCUCCCAGAAGAGCAAGACCAGCCACAGCAGCAGCAGCAACACCACUGCCAACAAACCCUACCAACAUGGCAAGCAUGGGUCCAUGUAACCUCAAAACGCCGUGCCGUGCUGUCCCUCUACCUCUUACACUGGGCCUACGCCGUCUACCACAAAAUCCCCUCUUUCAACUGCAGAGAACUCGGCUUCAUACCCGCCCCCGCCGCAAAGGUCCUCUGGCACGCGCGGUCUGAAACCGAAUGGCACUCGCUGUAUAUCCGAUGGCUAGCUCGCUGGAACGGUCGAGCGUAUAUGCAGAGAGAAUUUGAUAAGGUUCAGCUUGGUGUCGCCAUGGAUUCGCGAACAGAGCGGUGGUUGGAGGAGACGGAUGAGUUUGGGUUUAUCAUGAUAUCUAUCGUGAAUGCCACGGAUCGGUUUGCAAGUCUUGCUAUAGAACCUUUGGUAUAA